GCUAAGACGGUCGCAGUUGUCCACCGGCACGGGUGAUCCACGGAAUGUUCUCCUACAAACCACUGACUUCCGAACUAGCGAAGGCCGUUCAGGUGCCCACUAAUGGCCCACUGGUUGAGGUACAUCUAAACGAUCAUUCCGAUCUACCGGUGUACGGUAAGGGCCGAAAGAAGGCAGCGUACAGUGUGCUAAACGAAAACUACAAACACUUUGCGGAGCGGAUCCACAACCUGACGGUGUACGAGGAUGAUUUGUGGGUAGUGACGGCACCCAAAUGCGGUACAACGUGGACCCAGGAGAUGAUGUGGUUACUCGAUCACGAUCUCGACUAUCGGACGGCGGCUGACGUUAACCUACUGCACCGAUCGAUCUUCAUGGAGUUCAGCACGCUGGUGCCAGCCCUCGAAGAGGACACAGUCAGCCGCGUGGAGCAAAUGAGUCGUCCCAGGCACAUCAAAAGCCACCUUCCGAUGGCUCUGCUCCCGAAGCAGCUGUGGACCGUGCGGCCCCGCAUCGUGUACUGUGCCCGCAAUCCCAAAGAUAUGAUCACCAGCUUCUACCAUCACUACCGACACCUGCAUCAUUACGCCGGCUCUAAGGAGGCAUUUCUGGAGGCCAUUCUCGAGGAUCAGAUGAUAUUCCUACCCCAGAUAGCGCACACACUGGACUUUUGGGCCUUGCGCUCGGAACCGAACAUCCUGUUUAUCCACUACGAGCAAAUGAAACGGGACAUGGCCAGUGUGCUUGAGUUGGCUUCCAAGUUUAUUGGGAAAUCCUACAGCAAACAGCAGCUUGCGGCGCUCGAAGAGCACCUCUCGUUCGAUGUGAUGAAAAAUAAUAAAUCCGCCAACAACUCGGUCCUGCUGGACAUUGUGCACACCAUCUCCAAGCCAGAAGCAGCGUCUGACUUCCGAUUCAUGCGAAAGGGACAGAUUGGAUCCCACCGGGAAGAGAUGUCGCCGGAAUACAUUGCCCGGCUGGAUGCGUACAUCGAGCGAAACCUAACUGGAAGUGACUUCAGGUUUAUCGAGUAAAAAGCGGUGACUUCUGGCAACACAAGCGCCAUCGCACACCACCACCACGCAGGCCUACAGGGUGGCCAAGGUCAUCGCCGAAACUGUUGGCCGACGGACGGACGGACAGGUUUUUUGUGGCUGUGUAUGUGUGUAGCUUAGAUGCGAAAAAAAUAAAAGCUGCAAUUACCA